UUAGUUGUUGGUUUUUAUGCGACCGUGCAACAUAUAAAACACACAAAAUAUUUAUUCUAAAACAAAAAAAAAAGAACUGAGAAGGAAAAAGAGAAAAAAAGAAGAUUUUUUUUACAUUGACAAAGUUUUUCAUUUUAUCUAAAAACCGAGAUUUUUCAUUAAUUCAACGGCUUUGAAGUCUAGUCGGUGUAAACGUUUUUCCGCUGUAACAAUUUGAUUUUUAUGCAAUCGGCCCGAUAUCGGACAAUAAGUGUUUUUUUACUGUCGGCCUGUUCGUUGUUUAUUUUUUCUGCUGUGUUAUUUGGUCGUGUUCCGGAAUUGUUUUCGUUCAUAAAACCCGAAAAAAAGCAAAACAUUUUUUAUCAUAAAUAAUACAAAAAGAACGAGAGGAAGAAAAAAAAUUCACCGAAAGAAUAACAACAACAGUCAGUAAUGUGCUGAAAUACUUUCUUCAUAACCGAGUCAAAGGAAAAAAAAUGGUUGACUUGGUUGAUGAAUUGAAUCAAACGAUGUUAUCUUUAUUUUCAUAAUAUAUUUUUUUUAUUAAUUCGUUCAGAGGAGUGCGUACACAUAUGCCGGAAUAGAAGACCAGUGAAAUAUGAAAUCAUUUUAGUGUUCAUUGUUUACAAUAUAAAUGUGCACAUAAAAUCGCCACGAGAAUUUUCAUUUAUAUACAACACCCAAUGGGCAUUUACAUACUUUUUACAUACUAUAUGCAAUAUAACAUCGCGUGUGUCUAUUAGACGGAAUAUAAAAAAGAAGAACGGGCAUAUAUACAAAUCAAAACAUGUAAAAUUGAUUCAGUUUUUCCGGGUGAAUUUCAAAUAGAAACAACAUCAUGACGUAUGUGAUAAGGACAAGAACAUUUUAUUGUCAACAUUUUGCUAUCAUUAUUAAUUGGUUGAUGUUGAUUUAACAAUUUUCGUGCAAUACCGUCAUUUUGUGUAUUAAAAACCAUCUUGUCACUUGAGAAAUUUUUGUUCAACAAUUGAACCGAAAGCCAUCCACUUCAAAUGCGGAUAUACAUUUCGUGCGAUUCAUUCAAUUCAUUCAUAUACAACGAUCAAGAAUUUAACUUGAAUUUUCAUUGAAGAAAAUGAUAUUUUGAUUGCAACCGCUUAUCGAUGAAAAUAUGCAAUAAUAAAAUUGGUGCGAAUAUUAUACAUACCACCUAACUAUGGAUACGAUAUUAUGGUAUUAAAACCGCGAACCGAAAUAAAAACACCUACCACAAAAUAAAGUUUAAUAAUUUUUCGGGUUAAUUAUUAUAAACACCUGUUGUGAUAUAUGUGUAUAGAAUUUUGUGUAACAUCACAUUGAACCACCAUUAUUAUAAUAAUAAGUUUCAUAUACAUACCAUCUCUCUAUACAUAAAUGAUGUGCAGUGUAGUCGAACACCAAACGAUAAAAAAAAUAUUCAUUUUUAUUUGAAUGCUGAUAACAGAGCCAAUGUGUUGAUUGGGUUCAUUUGUGAUUUAAAAAAAAAAUAUUUUUCUUGUGUGUCGGAUAAAACAGAAAUGAAUUUCGAAUUUAUGUGGAAGUGAGAGAGUGGAAAAAGGAAAACCCCCCCGACAAAAGUAUAGAAAUAUAGAAAUCCAAUUCAAUUAACAAAAAGUGAAUAUAUAUUUGGAUCAAAGAAUAUUGCAUCAAAUCAAACGAAUUGAUUUUCUGUUGUGGUUGUGAAAUUUGGAAAGAGUUUCCAUUAGCGUAUCAACAAUUUCAUUGCUAAAACGCCGGGAUUUAUUCGUUCCAUCAGACAACAACUCUACUAAAAAGGGAACUUCAAAGUGUUUCGUAUUACUACCGGAAAUUUGCCUGUUAUCGCUCAACAAGACAGCAUCAGUAAAAUUUGCUAAAGCGUACCUGACUACCCAACUUCAAUACACAAAAAAAACACAAACUCAUUUUGCUGAUAAAAAAAACUGUUGUGUCAACAUCGUCAUUAAAGCGGAAUAGGAAGCGAACACCACUAGCCAGCGCACACACCAGAAACUACAUUGAAAAAAUUGAAAAUUAUCUAGAAAUGUGUCACGAUUUUCGAUCGAAUGUUCAACGCCUCAAAUCGUACAAAUGCCGUAGUUUCUACCAUUCAUAUAAUCACUGUUGUGUCAUCCUGUCAGCGAAGAAAUGUGCAGUGCACAAAAAAGUGAUUUAAAUUCUGUGCCAAAUCAAAGGAUGCCACACAAUAGUCAUAAUUCCCAUGCUGGCCAUACUGGGUCAUCGGGCGAUGACCUCAGUAGCACGGAUGAGGUGAAAAUUUACAAAGAUGAAGGGGGCGAUAGGGAGGACGAGAAAAUCUUGUCCGAAAAUUUGUUGGAAGAGAAAUCCAGUCUGAUCGAUUUAACGGAAAGUGAGGACAAAAGCGGGAAACAUAAUUCACGACAGGAUCAUAGUCCAGUUUUCGGAAAAGUCGAACCUCAUUCUAGUUUUAAUAUGGGUUACCUGGUAGCACCUUAUUCAUACACAAAUGGAGCCGCUGGCGGUCUUCCUGUUUCAAUGGCGAAUAAAAUGGGACUGUCACCAUUUUUUUGUCAUAAUGGAGAUCCGCUGUCAACACCACCACCCGCUCAUUGUGGCAUACCACCUUACCAACUAGAUCCUAAAACAAUGGGUUUGUCAAGGCCAACGUUAUAUCCUUUUCCAGCUAGUCAAUAUCCGUACCCUAUGCUUAGUCCUGAUAUGUCACAAGUAGCAUCGUGGCACACACCUUCAGUAUAUUCAGCGGCAUCUGGAUUUAGAGGACCAUAUCCUUCAUCUAUACCAAUAAAUACAUCACUGUCAAGUGAUUUUUCAUUUCGAUUUUCGCCUAGCCUGUUGCCUUCAGUUCAUUCAUCACCACAUCAUGUGCUCAAUUCACAUCCUGCAAUUGUAACGCCCGGUCCCAAACAGGACAUAGGACAAGAUUCUAAUCAUCGAUAUGGAAGGAACACAUUAGAUCACCAAAAAAAUUCGCCGGGUAUCCAGUCCGACAAGCAAGACAGUGCCAAUGAAAAGAAGAAACCACAUAUCAAGAAACCACUAAAUGCAUUUAUGUUGUAUAUGAAGGAGAUGCGGGCCAAAGUGGUGGCCGAAUGUACGCUUAAAGAAUCAGCAGCCAUUAACCAAAUAUUGGGCCGAAGGUGGCAUUCACUAAACCGAGACGAACAGAGUAAAUACUAUGAAAAAGCUCGACAAGAACGUCAAUUGCACAUGGAAUUAUAUCCGGGGUGGAGCGCGCGUGACAACUAUGGUUAUGUUUCAAAAAAGAAGAAACGUAAAAAAGACAGAUCGCCCGCGGAUUCGGGAGGCAACAAUAUGAAGAAGUGUCGUGCCAGGUUCGGUUUGGAUCAACAAAAUCAAUGGUGUAAACCUUGCAGACGCAAGAAGAAAUGCAUUCGCUACAUGGAAUCUGAAGGCGAUGAGGGAGGCGAUCUCGAUAACCAUGUCAGCGACGACAAUUUGGGCAGUUGCGGAAGUGUUGAUGACGCCAAGACACCUGAAGAUGACACAGAAUCACUGAACCAAUCACUAUCCUCACCCGGUUGUGGUAGUGUUCUAUCGAGUUUACAGUCACCGUCUGCAAGUUUAGCGAGUCCAUUGAAUCUGCUGGCAAGUCCGUUAACUCCACAGGGCAUUAUUCACAACACAGAUCACCAAUCAAUGUAUGUGGACAGUCAAUCGAGUCAAUCGUCACACCAGCAACAAAAGAAAUUGAACAACAACAACAACAUGAAUAGUAAUAGUUCCGUUGUGCCAACGUCGACGACAUCGACAGCAACAUCGACGAGUGAUUCAGCGCUUCUACAUCAUAACCAUAUGAAUCAAACGCUGGAAAGGAUGUCGCCACUACCUCGACCACCAUCUGAUUCAACGUCUUUGUUUGAUAUUAAGCCAAAUAUUAAAAUUGAGCCGGGUCUUUUAGGAUCGUUGCCGGCUUCGUCGAGAAAAUUAGGGAAGAUUCAUUUGCCAAAUCCAUCACUGCAGCAACACCGCGACCAGCAUUCGUUGUCACAGUCACAGCAUAAUCAACAACACUUGCUGCCUCAUCCCGAAAUGUUUUUCGAAAAAGCGACACGAAAUCCAGUUGGCGUGAAUCCACAAGACAUAAACAAUCCGUUGAGCAUUAAUCAACUAACGAAACCAGUUUACGUUAACCACCAUUCGCCGAUCCACCCGCAGCACCACCACCUAAUUAAUAUCGGCAGCCCGUUGUCGCCCGCAUCGACAUCAUCGAGUUCAUCACUGGUAACAUCACUGCAUCAAAGCCUACCACUAUCCACAUCAGCAUCACAACACCAGCAGCAUCAAAAUGCCAUGCGACAACAUCUGCAUCACAAUAUGAACUUUACCACACCAUCCCUACCAGUGACAAACUCUCAUCAUCCACAACAUCCACACAGUCACCAUCAUCAUCUAAGUCAUCAUUUACAGCACCUGGCGCCGUCAUUAUCGCACGGCUACCCAAUGUCACCGGCAGCAACGAUAUCUUCAUCACAAAUUCCACCUCCCCAAGGAGUUUCAGCCGCAACUGGCCACCAUCGUGGCGGUGACGAUGGAUGCGCUAUCAGUGUGACGUAACAUCACGCCCCAUUCAACGGCUGGGAACGUUGUGCAGAGAGCGGUAGUGAUAGUUUGUUGAUACGAUGCAUAUAAAAAUAUACUAAGCUAGCUAUACGUAAUAAGAAGUUGAACCGAAUCGGAUGUGUGAAACGAAUGGACUCAAAACUCAAUAUAUUCGAUAUGUGCCACUCAUCAUAUGUAUUUGUAAUCUAACGAGAAACAAACAAAAUGCCAUAAUAAGUAAGUUCUGAAGAGACGAGACUGUGUAGAAUCUUGAUCUUGCGUUGCCAUGCCGCCAAUUUUGGAUUUAAAAAUUUUAAUGGAAAAAUUGACAUCGUGCUAGUGCGGUUGAAAGUUUUGAAAUCUUUUUUUUUGUAGAAAAUUUUUAUUCUUUUGUUCAUUUUGCAGAAAUUAAUUUUUUUUCUGAUCUCAACUAAAAACACAUAUAGAGAGAAAGAGCGCAUUAUUAGUGGAAUAAAUGGGCAAAAAAAUGUGGAUGAGAGAUGUAUCGAACUUGGAGUGCCAGACAAAUAAUAUUUUUUUAAAAAUAUGAGAGACAAACAACCGAAAAAAAUUUUUAAAUAAAAGAAAUGGAAAACAUUCGAUAAAAAAGAAACCCAGAAAAAUAUGAGAAAUAAGUUUUGUGAUAACACAUUUGCAAAUGGAAAACGGAUUUAAAUUUUUUUUUUUAAAUUACGAAAACAACAAAAAGAAAGAGAGAACACAAAUUGUAUUUUGCCAAAUUAGUAUUUAAGCGAGCGAGUAAUAUUGUACUUAAAAUUAAUGAUUUUUUUUAAGUGAGAAAUUAUUUUAUUGAAGCAGAUGCUGAUUUUGUGAAAGAAGAAAAGAAACGGCUGAUGUCAUUUCUUGUCACUAA